AUGCAUUAUUACAAGAUUUCGAAAGCGUCGACUGUCACCAUCGCGGCUCUGCAGACACCUUCAAUUGGACGUUUUCAGGGUCUUCCUCACAGCCCCGUGAAGAAUGGUGAAUAUUAUUUGUAUUCCUCGGGAACAGGAAGUUCGACGGGCGCUUUGUUUUUAGAAGCAAUUCCCUUGUUGCUUUCCUCCCCUGCUAUUUCAUUUAUGCCUCGAACCUCAUUUGCUGGUGCUUCAUAUCUUUCAUUUCCUCCUGCUUCAGGAACCGGUUGGCUGUUACUGUUAUUCUUCGUGCCUUUUCGCCUCGUGAGAAUGAAAAACAAUGCAGCGCCAAAGAUUAUUGGCACGCCAACUCCGAUGCCCACUCCAAGUCCUAUCUUUUCUCUGGCUGGCAUGUCGUUAGAGCUGGAUGAAGAAGAGCUGGGGCCGCUGGAAGAAGUCGAGCCAGCAGGAUUCGUUGAAGUGGCAUAUAAGUCUGAUGGGACUGGGAUGGAGUGA